AUGAUAAUUGUUUUGUAUUUGAGUCUUUUAUGGAAUCUAUGUGGCAACUCGUAUAUUUGGGCGCACGAUUUACUUAUGUCAGGUUCGGCAAUUCGUAACACACUUUUUGGUCCGGAGAACUUGAAUAAAUGUUUAAAACUCGAAUUAUGUCAAGAAAAACAACGUUUGCUUAACGCACUGGCUUCAAUAAAAAUUGAAAAUGAUGAAAAUGCUGAAGAUUUAAUGGAUUUUUUUUUAAUUGAGGGAGUUGUGUGCAAAAACACUUUUAAACCUCUUGCAGUACCUGUGAAAAUGACCACUCAAAGUCAUACCACGAAGCUAGAUUGUCUUAAUCGCUACCGUAGCCUUGAUCAUUACAGCGAGACGAAUGAAAUUGUCCAAGGCAUUAUUGUUCAUACAAAUCAUAAAAAUGUUAUGUUUCCUUUAUUAUGGACUCGUAUUGAUAGCGAGGCAGUUCUUGAGUGGAUAACGAAAAAUCAUAGAAAACAGAUAAAAGGUCUAAAGCUUAUUGUAACACCAUUAGCAGUUUGCACCGCUACUGUUAAAUUUAUUAGAUUACCUUAUUUUAACUUUACAGGAUAUGCCCCUUUGUUUUACGCAACCGCUCCCGAUUCAAGAGAUUGCGGCUUCCUUAGUGGCAAUGGACAUGCCGCUGCUGUUUUGUUUCCAGCUCACUAUGAUUAUAAUAAGAAGCCUGGACACAUUAUUAAAUUACUUAUAGGACCUAACUCUUUUUUAUCACUGGAAGCUGCGAAUCCUAUUUUUUUUGCACAUGCAUUACAUUUUCACAAUAUUCGGGCGGCUAUAAUUUCUGUUGAUUUACUUAUAAAAAGACAACAAAGUCGUACAACAAUAAAUCAAAAAACUUCAGAAACAGCUUAUGCUUAUACUAAAAAUUUUCUUAAAGCUAUGCUUGAUUCUGGCAUACCAGUGAUUGUUGCUAUUUCAAACAAACACACGUGUGUGUUUACCGAAUAUCCUCGUCUUCUACUGAUUAAUGGAAUGAAAUUGCUAACAGCUCCUGGAAUUCCUUUACCAUCAAUUGAAUACAAAAGUCUUGUUGAAACUAUUUCAGAAAGUUAUUUUGUAUCCUCAUUAAAACAUCAGACGUCUGUAUGGUCAUAUUUGGUUUUCGCUAAUAAUACAAGAACAUCAGAUUUCUCUUUAAUUUCUGGAAUUGUUGAUGGAACAAAAGAGUGUAAUGGGCGAAAUUCAGAAUACUAUCCAUUACGUUUUCUAAUUUCAAACUGGAUGAACAUAAUAAAUACGAAUCCUCAGUAUCAACGAAGAACCAUUUUAUCUCCGUUGCACGAAAAAGAAAUUCUCAUAUUUACAGUAGAUUCUAGUGAAGGCGUUAAAUGCAAUGAAUGUGUUAUAUUAAAUGCAACUCGUGGAAUUCAGCCGAAAUAUUUGGAGUAUAUUUUUUGA